AUGCUGCCCUGCCUCCUCCCCGUCCUCGCCGUGGGGCUGGUGCGUGCCCACGCGGCCGAGCCCCACGCCUGCGCCCCGCUCACCCCGGCCGUCAUGGACAACGCAACCGUGGCUGGGCUGCUGGGGCACUGGGUGUACAUCAUGGGCGCCUCCACCUACCCCCCGCACGUGGCCGAGAUGAAGGAGCUGAAGUACGCGACCUUCGCCUUCCUGCCCGGCAGCCACGACGAUGAGUUCAACGUGACCGAGACCCUGCGGCUGAACGAGACGUGCGUGGUGAGGAAUGCCAGCAAGAUCCUCAUCUUCCGGCACAACUCCACCCUGGUGCAUGUGGAGGGGCAGGAGGCGUCCAUGGCCGAGCUGAUCAAGACCGACAAGGAGCUGCUGGUCCUGAAGCACAGCAAGGAGUCCUUCCUGGGCCUCAGCCUCUCGGCGCGGACGCCCAACGUGAGCAAGGAGCACCUGGAGGAGUUCCGGGCCCACCUGCGCUGCCUCGGCUUCACGCCAGAGGAGACCUUUGUCACCUCCCCGAAGGACACCUGUCCCCCGGACGGCAAGGAGAAGGACGAAGCCACCUUGGCCACCACAGAGGUGUAACUGGAGUG